UAGCACACGUUGUGGGCGGCUUUUAAAUGACAGCGUUUCAGAACGAGGAACUAAACCGCUGUUGGCAGCACUACCGGAGACAUGUGUGGCAUCUUUGCGUAUCUGAAUUAUCACGUGCCCCGUACUCGGCGUGAGAUCCUUGAGGUCCUCAUCAAAGGUCUGCACCGCCUGGAGUACCGUGGCUAUGACUCCGCUGGUGUGGGUAUCGAUGGGGGGAACAGUAAGGAAUGGGAAACCAACUCCAAGAGCAUCCACCUGAUCAAACAAACAGGAAAAGUCAAAGCCCUGGAUGAGGAAAUCCAUAGGCAGCAGGAUGUUGAUCUUGAUGUGGAGUUUGAUGUGCAUCUGGGAAUCGCUCACACUCGAUGGGCCACUCAUGGCGCCCCCAGCCCUGUCAACAGCCACCCGCAGAGAUCUGACAAGAACAACGAGUUUAUUGUCAUCCAUAAUGGAAUCAUCACCAACUACAAAGACCUGAAGAAAUUUCUGGAGAGUAAAGGCUAUGAGUUUGAGUCUGAGACGGACACGGAGACCAUCGCUAAGCUAGUGAAGUACAUGUAUGAUAACCGGGAGAGCGAUGCCAUCACCUUCACCACCCUCGUGGAGCAAGUCACCCAGCAACUAGAAGGAGCUUUUGUCUUGGUCUUCAAAAGUUUGCACUAUCCAGGAGAGGCAGUGGGCAGCAGGAGAGGAGGUCCAUUACUGAUUGGCGUUAGAAGUGAUCACAAGCUUUCCACAGAUCACAUCCCCAUCCUGUAUCGCUCCUCUGGUAAAGAUAAAAAGAGCUGCAAUACUCUGCCCAGAAUGGACGAGGACACGUGUCUGUUUCCUGUGGACGAGAAAGCCGUGGAGUACUACUUUGCAUCUGAUGCCAGUGCUGUCAUCGAGCACACCAAUCGGGUCAUCUUCCUCGAGGACGAUGAUAUCGCAGCAGUGCGUGACGGGCGUCUCUCCAUCCAUCGGAUCAAGCGCACAGCGGGAGAUCACCCGGCCCGCGCCAUCCAGACCCUGCAGAUGGAGCUGCAGCAGAUCAUGAAGGGAAACUUCAGCUCCUUCAUGCAGAAGGAGAUCUUUGAGCAGCCAGAGUCUGUGGUCAACACCAUGCGAGGAAGAGUUAACUUUGAGAACAACACAGUGAUCUUGGGAGGAUUGAAAGACCACAUUAAAGAGAUCCAGAGAUGUCGGAGGCUCAUAAUGAUUGCCUGUGGGACCAGUUACCAUGCUGGGGUUGCAACUCGUCAAGUACUGGAAGAAUUGACUGAACUUCCUGUCAUGGUGGAGCUGGCGAGUGAUUUCCUGGAUCGAAACACUCCUGUCUUCCGAGAUGACGUGUGCUUUUUCAUCAGCCAGUCAGGAGAGACAGCAGACAGCCUGUUGGCUCUGCGCUACUGUAAGGAGAGAGGUGCCCUGACGGUGGGCAUCACCAACACUGUGGGCAGCUCCAUCUCCAGAGAAACAGACUGUGGCGUUCACAUCAAUGCUGGCCCAGAGAUUGGUGUGGCUAGCACCAAGGCAUACACAAGUCAGUUUGUGGCUCUCAUCAUGUUUGCCCUGCUGAUGUGCGAUGACAGAAUCUCAGUGCAGCCACGCAGACGAGAAAUCAUACAAGGCCUCAAAGUGUUGCCAGAUCUCAUCAAGGAGGUGUUGAGCCUGGACGAGGAGAUUCAGAAGUUGGCAGCUGAGCUGUAUAAGCAGAAGAGUGUUCUCAUCAUGGGCCGAGGCUACCACUACGCCACCUGCCUGGAGGGUGCUUUGAAAAUUAAGGAGAUCACAUACAUGCAUUCAGAGGGGAUUUUGGCUGGAGAGCUGAAGCACGGGCCGCUGGCUCUAGUGGACAAACUCAUGCCUGUCAUAAUGAUCAUCAUGAGAGACCACACAUACAACAAGUGCCAGAACGCACUGCAGCAGGUCGUGGCUAGACAGGGCCGUCCGAUCGUGAUCUGUGAUAAGGAGGACAAUGAGACCAUCAACAACUCCAGCCGCACCAUCAAAGUGCCUCACUGUUUGGACUGUCUGCAGGGAAUCCUCAGCGUCAUCCCUCUACAGAUGCUCUCCUUCCACCUCGCUGUGCUCCGCGGAUACGACGUUGAUUGCCCAAGAAACCUGGCCAAGUCUGUGACUGUUGAGUAAACGCUUCUGGUUCGAUGCCCCAAACACACACACACACACACACACACACACAGACUAUCAAAGACAUGAAGACAAUUGAAGAGAGGGUUUUAUACAUGCCAGGUUCAUAUAAUGAUCCUAAAGAACCUGAAGUGUACCUCCAUAUACAUGUAUCUCGUCUCAAAGCAUGAUUCUGGAAGCUUCAUAUCAUUGCUGACUGGAAUGUGAUUUUUAUUGUGUUUUUUUUGGGGGGGGGGGUUUGGGUGGCGUGGUAUGGUAUGGGGUGCGAUAUAAGAGCUGCACUCUUAACUCAGUGGCACUUGGUGUGGCCUAUAACACGUUUCUCUUACGACUUUUUAUUGUUUGUUUGCUCUAAUCAUAAAAUUAGUUUGACCCAGAAAGACUUCUAGAUGCUUCUCAUCAAGUACACGUAGGCAUUUGUGUAGCAAAGAUAAGUAACACAAGAGCCUCAUUUCCUUAAG